GACACCGGUGGGUUGGGCAUGGUCAACCCCUGAGCCUGAACAAUAGCGAAUUCAGUCUCAGCACUGAAAGGAGCACCCUUCUUUGCACGCACUGUCUAUCCGCCGUGCAAUUUUGCACUUUACUUUUACUUAUUUCGUGAUAUUCACACUUAGUCUGUGAGUGAAUUUCCAAGCAGGAACAUUCUAAAUAUCAGUGACCUUGAAUCGUCUAUUCUGUUAUUGUUUUCUUGUGCUGUUUUGUGUGAAAAAAAUGAACAAGUCCCCUCAUAGCAAAAAGCACGUCUGCUAUUAUUACGACGGAGAGAUUGGAAAUUUUUACUACGGAGAGAGGCAUCCAAUGAAGCCUCAACGCAUACGAAUGGCGCACAAUUUGAUUAUAAACUAUGGACUUUUUAAUAAAAUGGAAGUUUACCGUCCAUUCAAAGCUUCUGACGAAGAUAUGGAAAAGUUUCACAGCACCGAGUACGUCGAUUUCCUGAAGUCAGUCACUCCUUACAACGAGUCUACUUAUACUAGGAGUGUUUUAGAAAAAUUCAACAUAGGAACGGAUUGCCCUGUUUUCGAAGGUAUAUACGAAUUUUCCCAGAUAUCUGCUGGUGGUUCAAUAGCAGCGGCCAUAAAGCUGAAUAAACAAAAGUCGGACAUAUGCAUAAACUGGGCUGGUGGCUUGCAUCAUGCAAAAUGUGGCGAGGCUUCAGGAUUUUGUUACGUAAACGAUAUAGUUUUAGCCAUUCUAGAAUUGCUCAAAUAUCACAAAAGGGUUUUAUACAUAGAUAUUGAUGUGCAUCAUGGCGAUGGAGUCGAGCAAGCAUUUUAUUUAACCGAUAGAGUGAUGACCGUUUCCUUCCACAAAUAUGGAAAUUACUUUCCUGGUACUGGUGCAGUUGAUGAAGUUGGUUCUGAAACGGGCAAAUAUUAUUCGGUGAACGUUCCUCUUCUGACAGGAAUAAAUGAUGUUGGUUACCAAAAGAUUUUCGAGCCAGUGAUGGAAGCUGUGAUGGUAUCAUAUCAACCUUCAGCAAUUGUACUUCAGUGUGGUGCUGAUUCUCUUGCUGGAGAUCGCUUGGGAAGCUUCAACCUUACUACCGAAGGACACGGAAAAUGUGUAGAGUUCAUGAAAAAGUUCAACUUACCCCUCUUACUGCUCGGUGGAGGUGGUUACACAAUCCGAAAUGUGUCUAGGUGUUGGGCAUAUGAAACUGCUGUGGCUCUAAAUCACGAUAUUGCUGAGCAUAUACCGUACAAUGAUUAUUACGAAUACUUCGCACCUGAUCAUAAACUACACAUUAUGCCAAUAAAAACACUCAAUAACCAGAAUUCUGAUGAAUAUUUGGAUAAAAUUAAGGUGAAGGUAUUGGAAAAUUUGCGUGUUUUAACUCACGGACCGAGUGUUCAGGUACGAGAUAUUCCAGAAGAUGCAUUUAAACAUGACAAAUCCGCUGUGCGUGACAAUCGAAAUCCCGAUGAGAGAUUAUCACAGGAAGAGUUGGAUCAAAGGGUCCAACGUGAUAAUGAGUACAGUGAUAGUGAAGACGAAGGCAAAGGAGGUCGAAAAAAUAAUAUUUCAUUUGAGUGGCCAAACAAAUCUCCAAGGAUGGAAUUGAUCGAUACGUCAAAAAAUUUUGAGAACGGACGAAUGAAAAAUUGAGUUAAUUAAUGCAUGUAAAACCUAGUACACUUAAAUCAUGUAUGUAUGUAAAUGUGAUCUAGUUGUAUAUCAUGCAACUGUGAUAUAGGACAUAAUCUGAGUGCAAACUGCUUGGAUAUAUUUUUAUUUUAAAUUAAAUUUUGUAGUAAAAUGUGAAAAUAAAAAAUGAUGGUUUCAUUUA